AUGACAGGACGUCUCCUUGCUCUCACCCUCGGGCUGCUGUCCCUCAUCGCGACUCCAGCCGGAGCUCAAGAUCUGAGUGUGAGCACCAUCACGCUCUCCAACACCGAAGACGUGACCUUCUUGUCCGGCACCAAGACCGUCCCCGUCACCCAGCCCAGAACGCCGACGGGACCCUAUGCGACCUACACCUCGAGGAUCACGCUCACAAAUGGCGACCUCUCGACCAUGACCGGGACCAUGACGGUCACCGGCAACGUCACCCAGACCACGACCAACUCGGUCGGCCAGUCCGUCGUAAUCAUCUCGGGCCAGACCUCGGUCGUCACGUCCACCGUUACCGGAAACGCGACUCAGAGCACCACCGCCCCCGCCGGUCCGACCAACACCCAGCCGUGCAACAACUACGUCGAGUUCUGCGACCGCAAGUACAGCAACAUCACCGAGAUCGGCUGCCACAACUCCCCCUUUGUGCGCCCCGGAAACUCGGCCUCCAACCAGGCCCUCGACGUCACGACCCAGCUCAACGACGGCGUCCGCUUCCUCCAGGCCCAGAUCCAGUGGCCCACGAACGGCACCGUGCCGCACUUCUGCCACUCUUCAUGUGACAUCCUAGACGUCGGCCCCAUCACCGAGUGGCUCACCACCGUCCGCGAAUGGGUCGCCGCCCAUCCCUACGACGUCGUGACCAUCCUGCUCGGCAACGGCAACUACUCCACGCCGGACCUGUACGCCCCUUCAUCGAGUCCACGGGCAUCCUGCAAUACGCCUACGAGCCCCCCUUCCUCCCCAUGA